CCUAGAGCUUGCUGCUGUCUACUCGUCAACCGGCCCCUCUUGGUGCUGGUGCUGCUGGGGCUUAUGCUGAGCCUCACAGCCGCUAAUUCAGCUGCCAGCAACCAAACGAAUACAAAUGCUACUCCAGUCCCCCAAACAGGGGAUACCCCGCCACCGCCACCCAGCCUUCCUUCACCCUCGCCCAGCGUUCUUUCGCCCUCGUCAUCACCGCCCAGCACCCCUUUGCCUUCGCCAUCACUUUCGCCCUUACCACCGCCCAGUCUCCAUCCAUCGCCACCGCCCAGCACCCCUUCUCCUUCACCACCACCUAGGCCUCCUUCGCCCUUGCCGCCGCUCAGUCCCCAUCCGCCGCCACUGCCGCCCAGCCCCUCCCCACCCUCGCCAUUGCCGCCCAGCC